CCGACCGAUAUCAUGUCCAAACGAAAAUUCAGCAGCGAUCCGCCUUUACCGCGCAAAAAGGCCAAAGUAGCCCAGCACCACGUCUCGCUGGAAUUCGAAGCAUGCGAUACUCUUACAAUACCAUCACCGCCAUCAUCCCAAACGACACCUACGCGGCUCGAAAAACGCAAGAGGACGGACCAUUCACAUAUUGAUUCUCGUGACGAGCCAAGUGCAAAGCGGGCCAGGACGAGCCAGAGUCCAAGCGACACAACAAGCUGUCCACGCAGUUUCUCCCCAGAGCCAUGGCCGAGCAUCGGAUACGUGCCGGAAGAAGAAAAGGAACCGAAUCCUUUGGUGGAGGAGUUCUACAGAUCCUGUAUAGAGACGGAGGUGGCAUGCAGCUGCCAACCACAGACGAUAUGCCGGAAUCCUCUACCAAGUCCAGUACCUUCGGAGAGCGACGCAAGCGAAAAUGAAGCGAUUGAGCAAACGAUCGUUCAUGCCGCCCAUCAAACGCGGCAUUCUGCAUCAGAACCCCAACAGAUGCUAUACCUCAAGCCGCAGAAAUCGCUGUCGCCCAAAGUCAGUUCCUCUAGAAGGAGAAAUCGAAGUUCUCGUCAGCGAAUCGAAAGACGCAUCCCAGUGUCAUCUUACCAAGAACAGCCUCGGCAGCAGCGACGCAAGAAGAAAAAUAUCUAUCACGAUCGGCCACGAGAUGAAAACCCUUCACCGCUUGUUAAAAGAUUUCUGCAGUCAAAGCGAUCCUCCCGACGAGACUCCCAGUGCGAGUUAUGGUAUUUAAGCAACAAUGGCAUUGCAUGCGCAGUUACAAGCACCCGGCGGUGAAUAUUGCGUGGGGAUCCAAUAUCCGAGCAUCAGUUGACCGAAGGGCAUAUCCGUUAACCUGGCAGGGCUAGGGGCAGCGGGCAGUUCAUCGGUAUAACCAACUGCUAGCACCGUGAUAGUUGGCAGCAUCAUUCUUUGGCAUGGUCGUUAAUCUGACAGGGUCGGAGGCAGCGACGAAGUCGAGGAGAAAUGCAGUCCAUCAUAAUGCGGCUAGUUCCGUAGGCAUGGUCGUUAUCCUGGCAGGGCCGGGUGCAGCGGCGAAGUCUUGGAUGGCUUGUGAACUUGGAUCCUCAGAUUGGCAAUAUAGACAAGGAGUAUAGGCGUUAUUUUCUUUAUGAUACCCCACGGCAGUUUCUGGUUUUUUGAUAGACUCACUUGGGAAGUUGAUAAACCCGCAAUCAAGUGUCGACAGGUGGAUGGCAUUGUAAUAUAUGUUGAUUGAUGCUAUGCUAUCAUCCAUUACUACUUCACUACAAAAUCUAUAUCAAUUUUGUAA